GGAGAAAGCACUGCGCUCGCAGUCUCCGUCUAACCGCCACGCGUACCGUGUUCCCGCGCUUUUUUGACGUUUAUUUUUUUAAUUUAGACUUUUUAAUCAGUGUUGCAAUUCCACGGAUUCGUUUCACCACAUUAAAAUGGAUAUAAGAUGGUGUUUAUUCCUGGCGCUGGUGGCGCUGGCGGCGCGCGCGCACCCCGCCGAGGAGGAGGAUCGCGUGCCCGACAUGGGCAUUGAGGAUGAAGAGGAAGAUGAGGUCGCUCUGGACCAGGAGGAAACACGGAAUCUCCGGCCACGAGCCUACUCGCCCGGCGCCUUCUCAAACACCGUUCCUACCGGCUUUAGACCGACGCCGUCUUUAGCUGAACUGGCUGGAUACCAGCAGAGACAACAGCCUCAAGAGCAGGAGACGUACAUUCUUCAGCGGCAGCAGCAGUAUCAGCAGGAGGAAAGGCAGCAAAGGCCCGCGCCUCAGCGAAAGCACCCGCAACAAGAGCAACGGCAGAAGCUCCAGCAGCAGCAAGAAGUAGAAGAGGAACUGGAAGAAGAGAAGGAAGAGCCCGACCGUCUCCAAGGCCUACUCCAGCAAUCCAAGUUCGACUGCGGCAACAAGCAGUCCGGGUACUACGCUGAUCAGGAGCUCAACUGCGAGGUGUUCCACUACUGCCAGGACUCCGUCAAGCACUCCUGGAUCUGCCCUGACGGAUUCACCUUCCAUCAAGUCCACCUGAUCUGCAUGCCGCCAACCCACGACAACAUCUGCCAGAAGUCAGCCAAGUACCACUUCGUGAACGAGUACCUAUAUAAGCCCAUCAACGAAGAGGAGGUGCAGCGCAAGCCCAACGUGUCCCUGAAGUACUCCGACCGGUAUUACCCCGCUGAGGUGUACAGGGACGACCGGUAUGAAGGCGAAGAGGAGUCUGAGGAGGAGGAGGAGGCCCCCCGCCGCCACGCCCCACAACAGCUGCAGCAGCUGCAAGCGCAUCCACAACAGCGGCCGCAGCAGUCCCAAGUGUUCCGGUCCGCUGACGAGGUCAACAUCCCGCUAGUCCAGAGGCGCCCGCAGCGCCCCUACGACUUCGACUUCUAAACCGCCUCCUGGCAGAACUUAGCUGUUAAAGUAGGUAAGGAUAUAAGGCAUACGUCUAUCCUUUUUCAGGACAGUGAUACACAAAGCUACAAAAGUAAAUGGCUAUCUAUUGACUCUGAUAAAUUCAGAUCUUAGAAUUUAUCAGAGCCGAAUAGCCAAUACGCCACUAUCAAAAUUCGAUGUGGUUCAAUAGGUCAUAGGCUUAAACCAUCUGACCCAUCACACUGUAAUGAUGCCAAAAGCCAGUUGUUAUAGGUACUUGACUGUGCCACUCUCACAGAUGAAUAAAUUUAAGUACCUUAGUACAGAAAACCACAGCAAUAAUAACACUACUAGUUACUUAGGUAUUUACGUAGGUAGGUAGUGUUGUGUUCGUGGGGAGUAGAGUUUCCACAGCUCGUAAAGAUGCUCGUGGAAACAUAAGUUUUGGUUAUCGAGUUGUAAAAAGUUUUAAAAUGUCCUUAGCUACUAAAGUUAUAGUUUCGUUGGUCAGACUAAAUACCUUUUAUCGCUGACCAAGCAUUCUUCCGUCUCACUCUUACUUUAAAUUUUUACGCUUUGCGUCAGCAAUAAAGGGUACUUAACUGUAGUAUAUAGUAUAACACUCGCGAACUCCAUAGAAAAAAAUGCGUUGGAAGGUACAAUGUUAUGUACUUUCAGUUGUAGAAACUAUUAUAACCUGAUUUCAUUGGUUAAGACUGGAUUUCACCCAAUGGGAUGGGAGUAUUUUGUGUUCGCAAUGUGUAUUUAAACUUUAAGUAUCGUCUUAGCCACAUCAUAAAUGAAUACAUACUUCACUCUAUCAAUGUAUCCAUCAUUUUAUACAGCGAAAUCGUCAGUUGAUAUUGAUACGUCACUGCUAGGGUUAAAUCUUAUUUAUGUUUCUGUACGAUAAAGUAUUUGUUCGUAAUAAGUUACAAAUUAGGUUUAAGCUAGUCUUUAUGUAAGGUUUAAAAAAAUAAAAACAUGUUUUAUAA